AUGAGCAAAUCAAUCGCAAAAGUUACGAAGACCAUUAUAUCUUCACCCAACAUAUACAAGCCUGUGGGUCCAUACAGCCAGGCUGUAUUGGCGAACAAUACUUUGUAUGUAUCUGGCGUUUUAGGAGCCACACCAGACACAAAACUCGUGUCUGGUGCUGCUGCCCAAACUAAGCAGGCUUUGGAGAAUUUAAAGCAUAUUUUAAAAGCCGGCGGUUCGUCUUUAGCUGGUGUUGUGAAAACGACAAUUUUGUUGGCGAAUUUGGACGACUUCGCUGACGUGAACAAAGUGUAUGCUGAAUAUUUUCCGGAAAAUGCGCCGGCGCGUGCCUGUUACCAAGUUGCUAAGUUACCGAUGAAUGCUGCUGUGGAGAUCGAGGCUGUGGCCCUGAGUGGCGAUUUAGAAAUUAAGCAAGGAUUAUAG